GAUAUAGAUACUGACAAACAGAGAGAUGGGUCGAGCUCUCCACCAUGCAGAUUGCAAUUUGCAUGAUUGGAAAUGCCGAACGAUGCUUCUUUCCUCUAUCCGGGAACCAACCGUGAAAGCCGCACAGAGUUCGUACCUUCUUAUAUGUAGCUCCCUUUUCUUCAACUCAAGAAGCCCUGCCUCCUCCUCAUUGAUCCUAUCGAAUUUCCAUUCCCUCUCGCAGAGCAUCACACGCACAAGUUACAACCAAAACUCCUUCAGUACUACUGUAAAUGACAUCUUUGGAGGAAGCUUCAACCUUAGAACUCAUCAGACAGCAUCUUUCGAGUGACUUUAUCUCCAUGGAGAGCUUCAUCUCCGAUCUCGAUGUUUUUUACUCCGGUAUCUCCCAAAACCAGUCCACCCAAACUUUCGACCUCAAAAAUGGCAGCAUCAACACUGAUGUUGAAGUCUCUGGUUAUUUGCUCGCCAAGGAAGAACCCAUCACCUAUCCUUCAAAUUCAUUCGACCAAACCAGCUCUGACCUCGACACAAAACCAACAACUUUCAUCUCAAAUUCCCCAAAACCUUCCAACUUAAGCCACCGCAGACCAUCCUUAAACCUUGCAAUACCUCCGACAACCUUCGGUCAACACUCACAACCCAUGUUGGAAAAUGGAGGUAACUUGAACGUUUCGGAUCAUCCUAAUGAAAGUUAUGAGCACUAUAGGGGAGUCCGGAGACGGCCAUGGGGAAAGUUUGCUGCAGAGAUACGGGACCCCAAUAGGAAAGGCUCAAGGGUAUGGCUCGGAACGUUCGAUACCGCCAUUGAAGCAGCAAAAGCUUACGACCGAGCUGCAUUCAAGCUGCGUGGAGCUAAAGCCAAAGUGAAUUUUCCACUAGAGAUUGCUGCAAACUCUUCGGAAUAUGAUACAAAUUCCGCACUGAAUGUCGGAAUGAAAAGAAAGAGAGAGAGAGAGAGAGAGAGAGAGAGAGAGAGAGAGAGAGAGAGCUACCUUCCUGGCCGAGAACCUCGCAACAAUCGUAUUCCUUCUAUUCUUGGGAAGCUGCCUGCUACUGCCAAUCUUGCAGGACCUUCAGUUGAAGAGGCUGAUUAG